AUGAGUUACUUUGCAAUAAGGUGGGAUCGAGCAAGCAACGGAACAAGAGUGGCCAACCGAUUACGGUGUUCAUACCGGGAAGUACUAGAGGUGGGGUGGAUUUUCGGCCCCAUCAAAAUCCUCUUCCUUAGCUGGAAUUGUCAAGGACUUGGGAGUGUCCAGACAAUCCGGCGAAUCAAGGAGAUCCAUAAGCAUAUGGCUCCUAAUGUAAUAUUUCUUAUGGAAACAAAAAAUGACGAUGUGUUUAUCAAUAAGAAGUUGCAAGCUCAGCGUUUUUCACAUUAUUUCUCGGUACCACCGAUAGGAUUAAGUGGCGGCCUAUCUAUCUUUUGGAAUGAUGAUACCGAUAUAACAAUUCUCGAAUCCUCUCCCAAUCUUAUGGAUGCGAGAAUUGUUUAUCAAGGAUCUGUCUCAUAUGUCUCCUUUGUGUACGGAGCGCCGGCAGCGGAAAACAGGGCCUCUUACUGGCAAAAAUUAAGCACCGUGGGACAGGGGCGAGACGAACCAUGGCUGUUGACGGGGGACUUCAACGACAUUCUCAGUAAUUCUGAAAAGAUGGGAGGCCCGGUUAGACCUGAGGGAUCCUUUGUGGCUUUUCGAUCAUUCGUUGCCUAUAACGGACUCUGGGAUCUUAAACACUCAGGGGAGCAAUUAUCGUGGAGAGGAAGUCGUCACACACACUUUAUCCGAUCUCGAUUGGACCGAUCUAUGACCAACUGUGCUUGGGCUGAGGCUUUCCCUAUGGGUAGAAGCCGAUAUUUGAGAUUCGAGGGCUCAGAUCACAGGCCCUUAAUAACAUACUUCAAUGCUGAUAAACCGAAGAGGAAGGGUAUGUUCCGGUUCAAUAGAGCUCUAACGGAACAAGAAGAAGUGACAGACAUCGUGGACAAGGCUUGGAACUCCUCUCCGCUGGAUUCAAUCAUUAUGAAACUCAACAAGUGUAGAAGAGGCAUCAUUCUUUGGGCUAAAGAAAAGCAGAAGCAAAGUAACUUGGUCAUCAAGCGAAAUCAGGAUGAGCUUGAGAGAGCUUUAUCUAACCCAGUUCCUGAUACCUUGCUGAUUGAAAACCUCAAUGCUGAGCUCCGCCAUGCCUACUUAGCUGAGGAUCAAUUCUGGAAACAAAGGAGUAGAAUACAAUGGCUUAAAAAGGGUGAUCGCAACACGGGGUUUUUCCACGCUGCAACCAGAACUAGAAGAACUAUCAAUGCAAUCCCGGUUAUUGAAGACUUGCAAGGGGGGGCAGUGUAUGAGGAACAACAAAUUGCCCGAAACGAGACUCAUAUCAGGCUUAUACCGAAGAUUACGGGACCAAAAACAGUGGCUGACUACCGUCCGAUUCCCUUGUGUAACACACACUAUAAGAUCAUUGCGAAGAUCCUAACCAGACGGCUCAAACCACUACUGCCUCUCCUCAUCUCCAACACGCAAUCAGCUUUCGUUGCAGGCAGGGCCAUCACUGAUAAUGUCCUUAUUACGCACGAAACCCUCCACUUCUUGAAGACCUCGGAGGCAGCAAAGUACUGCUCAAUGGCCGUAAGGACAGACAUGAGCAAGGCGUAUGACAGAAUCGAAUGGGGGUUCGUUAGAGAAGUUCUGACUCAACUUGGUUUUGAUCCGUUAUGGAUCUCCUGGAUCAUGAGCUGCAUCGAAUCAGUGUCAUAUUCCUUUUUGAUUAAUGGAUCACCGCAAGGAUCAGUGAAGCCGACUUGA